GUAGUUUACGUGUCGAUGCGUCCAUCGGUCAAAUUCAAAAUUGUUUCGCGCGGUGGCGUGUAGCAUGAGCGAGUGGGUGGAAAGUCGAAACUGUAGCCGCGGGUACAUCACCCGUUCGAGAACAUAACAGAGCAAGCAACCGCCAAAAGCGAGGCCAAUGAGGCAACCGAAGCGAGUUACGCUGCCGAUUUCGAGCACACCACUGCGACACACGAGUUGGAAGUCCACAACGUCGAUCGAGCACUCUCGAUUGAUCGUGAUGCUGUGCUCGGGGGGCGAUACCAUGCUCCAAACGAAUGUGGUCAGCCACACCAGGUUCGAACUCUUGUACGAGUACGAGUACGUAAACUGCUUGGUCAGGGGUGAAAACACGUCAUUGAUGAUGUAGACGAGCCACGCCAUUUCGCCGCACGACAUGAACGUGGUGACCCAAAAUCGAGGCGGAGACACCAUGUGCGUGACCACCGAAUUCGAGGACAGAACCAUGUCGAGUUUCGAGGUCGAAAGCAAGCAAAUGGCGGUGAUUCCUCGCAGGAAGACGAGCGGACGCCCGAUCCAGACCAUCCCAGCGACACGGUUGAAUUCAAUCAUGUUCCAGAACUCAAUGUACCCGCGCAUGAUGACAAUAUAGCACACGACGAUGCAUGCGACAAGCAACAGCACGAUUGUGACGUACUGAAUAGCCGUUCGAAUGUAGUACGCCACAUUCAGCGGUACUUCCAGCGUGUUUGUUGGUGUAGUUUGGAACGCCAGGGAGCCUGAUAUCGUCGUGAUCGAGCCGAUUUCGCCCUCCAGUUGUAUGACUUCCCGCUUGCCAUCGACCCAGUCCAACAGGUACAGCCAUCCCCACAGCUCGUAGUUGGCUUCGACGGAGUCCAAGAUGUUGACUCUGGACAAGGCCAUAGUGUUGUUGGAGUUGAGUAGCGUUUGGAUCACCGCCACCUGCAACUUGUCACGAACAUCUCGCUUUGCGGCUUCGAUAAGGUCCAGCAUCCCAUCCGACACAACCGACACCUGGUAUAGCUGCAGCAUGGGGUACAAUCCCCGCAACGCCAACAAGCACGACGGUUUGUUUCGGUUCUCGCGCUGGCAGGUAGCCACGAUAUUUGCAUCGGUGUAGCCUUUGUCAACCCAUCGAGCCGCAACCAUGGCUUUGGCGAUGUUUUCAACGACUGGAGCUAUUACAUUCAAGAUCGGGAGGCCACACACCCCAGCGACCGUGAAAAAUUCGCCCACGUCGUACGCGGUUUGAGUAGGUGGCUCGCAAAAAAUGUUGCCACCAGCCGUGCGAAAGCCAUCCCACGCUUGGGGCUGCAGCGACAAUCGGGUCGACCGGGGCACCUUGGUCAGGUUUGUCGCAGUGACGAUAUUCUCGAUUAGCAGCAGUCUGGUGACCGUGAGCGUUAAUUGUUGAUGCAAUACUUUGAGAGAUGCCGGACAUGGAAUUCGCUUGACAUCGAUGCUGCCAAAUGGACCAAGGGCACUUCGAGCUUGAUUCAAUCCAGGAGAAAUUGGCGACGGCAAGUACCCCGCUUGCGCGAUCGCUGACUCCAGCCCUGUUGUGGUAUUCUGGAAAGCAAAGACCGGGCUUUGACGGAUCAAAGAAAGGCCGCCCAGGAGCGACGUGUUGGUCGCGACCGCCUUCAAGUCGUUCGCAAACCCCCAGUACAUUUUGAGCGUAACUUGAUUCCCCGGUUGGAACGUCCCAUUCGAGUUUUUGAGAGUGAGGGGGUACGAAAUCCCAAACGCAUUUCGAAUGGAAAACGCUUCAACGAUGCCGAUCGUUUUGAAACUUUGCCACUGCGUUUGAAAUGUCGUCAAGCCCUGGGCUGUCCAGUACUCGGCCUCCGCCGCCACUGAUUUCAUGUUGCCUUGGACACCAGCGAGCCAAUCCUUUCCCGACACCGACGUUUCCAGAUAAGAAAACACGGCGGUUUGUAAGGCACUGCCCCAACAUUUGUUCAAGUUGAUCCAGUCGGCAUUGCGAAAAAUUGCUUCCAGGUACACCGCCGCGUUUGCUUUGUUGUUGGCCAGGCAGCGGCGUUGUUUGUUGGCGGUGUUGGCCAUCUCCCACCGCCGCUCGAAAUCCACAUAGCAGUACGGAGUGAAGAUCCACGGCAGCUGACAGCCGUCCAUAUUUCGCAGCCCUUGAAUCACCGACGGAAACGUACUCGCUUCGUCUUGAAUACCGUUUCCGUACAAAUAGGAGCUCUCCACCACACCAGAUGUGCCAUUGUAUCGCACAAAGGUUUGGCCAUCCUGCGGUUGGUCGAAUUGUAUGGCGGCGCUAGACUCGCGCUGUGUUUGGAGUCUGGAAUUGAACCAGUUGCACACGAACGGCUGCGUUCCAGAGGUGUUGAAGCCUUCCCACCAGAAAUCGUUGGACAUUGUAGACUGCGUCAAGCCCAAAAACGUAUAACUUGCCACGACUGUUGCCACGAGGUAGCCCAGCGCUGCCAACGCACUCAAGCGUAACCACUUGACUGGAUUGGCGUGUGUUUUUGGCUCGUCCUGGCGAUCGACGGCACACUUGGGUUUGAAAUCAGCAUGAGCAAACUCGAAUUCAUGUGGACUCGAGGCUGUGUUUUCCAUGGGAAUGACUCCCCACAGCUUCAGAUCGAACAAGGUCUGGAGCAGCGGGAACAUGCCAGACAUGACACACGACACCUUGUCCAGACGCACGGUCGUGCUUGCGUGGCCACUGAUCAAGUAGGCUUCGGUGGCGGCCGGAAUGAGCAAGUGGUGCACCUUUCGACUGCUUUGCAAGCGCGACGACGUGAACGAGUACAAGACAGACAAGAGCAACGACGCCACCAAACACGAGCCAUGGACAAUGCACAGAGCGAGCAAGCGGUCGGGGCUGCCAAUCGAGACACUGCCGCCAGUGCAAGCGGCGCGGGUCGCGGACGGCAAGGUGCAAUUUUGCUGGAUCAUGGCGACGGGCGCACAGGGAUUAGUGAAUUCCCAAAUUGCAAUGAUAAGCCAGGAAGCAAUGCUGCUUAGUGGAGAGUACAUCGUCGCAUAUCGACCAGUGAAGGGAAGCAAAACGUCCGUGAUGGCGUACGAGACCCAGUUGGUCUCGCCGGCCAAAAGCAGGACGUCGAGCCAGGGCCGUGGCUCCAGGCGAAGUUGGGCAAACCCCCCAGGGGAAACAAAGUUGACAUUGGCUGUGCUGAGAAUGACCAUGGCUGUCAUGCCUCGAAUGAGUAGAAAUGGGCGGCCGAUCCAGACGGACCCGACCACUCGGUUGAACACAAAGAGAUUCGUGCCAGGAACGUCAAACUUGAUCCACGUCCCCAACAUGAGCAUGAACGCAGCCACUGCCACCAACGCUGUGGUAAUGUACACGAUGAUGUACCAAACGUAGUAGCAGGCGUUUUGCGGCAAUUCGAGAGGGUUCGCCGGUAAUCUGAUGUACGCUUGAAAAGGCGACAAAGUCGAGUAGCUGCCAAAGUCGCCUUCGAACGUAUACACUUCCCGUCGACCUUGAACCCAGUCAUGCACGGCAACCCAGCCAAACACUGACCAUGGAUCAUUCGGAGUUGUGGGGACCAUGGGCUGCACCAAGAGCACGUCGGAUCCGUUCUUGGUCGCGAAUUGAAUGAAGGUCAAGUUUAGUUUGGCCAUGGCAUCACCCAGUGCUGGAGGAACACUCGGGUGAGCUUGCUGUUGCUGGAGGCGGUGGUGGAUCGAGGUGGCUGACUGCAACGUCAAAGUGCACAGCGCGCUUGUCGUAGGGCACAGGCUACAGGUAGCAUACACAUCGAACGAUGGCACGACCGUCAGAGCAAACAGCGUCGAGAGCUUGGACAGUGUCACGGUGUUGGGGAUUUGGCUCCCGCAUGUAUCUUCAAACGAAAACGACUGGACUGGUGCGGUUUGCGCAGUGCCAAAGAUGCAAAAUGGAUUCCCGCCAAAGAAGAGCAUGUUGGGCGACGUUGUCCACGAGAAUGGAAUCGGGUCAACGGCAGGUUCUCGCUGGCUGUCGUACAUCGCGGCCACGUCAGUGUUUUGAAGCAUUGGGAUCGCGUAGUUGUGGAAGUCGAGAGCAAACCCGACAAGAGCCGACGGCGGAUGAACGUAUCGCAUGUCAAUUGAUCCAAAAGGACCGAUCGAACUGCGGACUAAAUUGAUGGUUGGCGUGCGCCGAGGACCAACCAUGAUAUACACAUCCCAAUCGAAUGGCAUGCGAUCGAUGCUGUUGGGCAGACCUCGUAUGACGCUGCAAUGAAAAAACGCGCAACAGUACAUGUUGUUCAACAUCCCAAAAUUUGCCUUCGCCGUCGUCCACCCGCUUGUCCCUCGGGCGAAAGUUGGAAUGCUCGUUACUUUGAUGCUGUACGACAGGCCCAUCGCGUUCGUGAUGGCAAUUGCUUCGUCCAACCCGAUCUGGUUCGAAUUGUACGGCUGCAAUUUCCACAUCGUGAGCCCAGCCUGCUUCCACGCGGCAACCUCGUCGGCGACCGGCAACCUCGACCAUGACUCGAGCACGGCUAACCAGUCGAUUCCCGCCGCCGAUGCCCGCAGAGGGCCAAAUAUCGUGGCAUUCAUGUCGCGAAACGAGUUGCAUUGCAUGACCUCGGAGUACAACGAUUGGCGAAACAGUGUAUCCAUGUACAUGACCGCAUUCGUCGCUUCGGACGCUUCACACCGUUCUUGGCGACGCGCUGUAAUGGCCAUCCCGAACUUACGACCGAAAUCCAACCAGCAAUACGGCGUGGGAACGGCCAGAGCUGUGUCCAACGGCGACGACCGAAUCAACGCGACGGCUUUCUCAAACGGCAGACUGCUGUAAACCGUCGCACGGGCGGAUGUCGGGUUCAUGUCGAUGAACGUGCUGGACGAAGCGUACGACUUGGGCAUGGCCACGCUCGAGUUGAAUAAGAGGGGACCUUGCUUCGUCAGGUGGAGCUUCGAGUUGUAUACGUCGGCGACGAACGUUUGGACCCCGGUCGAGUUGAACCCAGCCCAAUAGUAGUCGUUCGCGGCGCUCCGCUGCAUCGUGCUGAUGUACCGCACGUUGAAACACACAGUGACGAUUAAGUAGACAAACCCGAAGGCGGACAAGAGGCGAGGCACUAGCGCGUGCUUCGACCGAGUGGGGGGAAGCCCCACGCCAAACGGCACCACGCUGGUUUCCAUGGUCAGUCGAGGUUGAAGU